GAAGGCAUGGUACUAAUGGUUUUUGUAUGCUUUUCUUUUGAUGUGCAGUGGAUUCCUGAAUUGAGACAUUAUGCCCCUGGUGUUCCAAUCAUUCUUGUUGGGACAAAGCUUGAUCUCCGUGAGGAUAAACAGUUCUUUGCAGACCAUCCAGGAGCAGUACCCAUUACGACUGCUCAGGGAGAGGAGUUGAGGAAGAUGAUUGGAGCGGCUGCAUAUAUUGAAUGCAGUGCAAAGACGCAGCAGAAUGUGAAGGCUGUCUUCGAUGCAGCAAUUAAGGCCGUUCUUCAGCCAACAAAGCACAAGAAGAAAAAGAAGAGUAGAGGUCAAAAGGCCUGCAGUAUACUGUGACUGUUAAAAGAAGGGCUAAGGAGAGGAGCGAUGAGCUUCCGCCUUUUUUCAGUGUUAAUCUGAUGUCUAUGAUUUAACUCCCCCCCUGUAGGAACAAUAGCCUGUGAGUUAUAGUCUCGACUGACUGUAUCAGAGAGUUCUCUUAAAGAAUCAGUUUGUUGAUUUUCUCACUGUCAGCUUUAGUUUUGUGUUUGGUGAUAUGAAGAUUCUUCAUUUUGAACUCUAAAAUCUAGGGUGCAUGUUUGAUAUGCAGUUGGUCUGGAUUGAUUUGGAUUGGGCUUUAUAAUCAACAUGAUUUCAAGU